UGUCUCGGAUACUGGGUGCGUGACUGUCUGUAAGCAGCUGCUCCACUUUGCGAUGGAGGCUCUGGAGAGGGAACGGGAGGCAGGCAGCCUGACUGAGCAGCUCUUGUGGGACCUGUGGGUUGUUACUGAAUCUGCCAAGGCAAUUGCACAAACACACCAGCAGCUACCCAGGAAUUCUACAACAAUGUUUCAAAACCCAGACCUUCAGACCCAUGGCUUCAGUGCUGCUACCAGUUUAAACAGUAUGGUUACGGUGCUCAGACUGUGGGGGACCUGCCUCUCCCUAUCCAGCUCGCAAAGUGCCAUCCUGGACAGCCUUGCUAGUGAGCUGAAGAUGCUGGGAAGGAGCUUUACCCUUCUGCUACACGGUUGUGAGAGUGACAGUGAGUCCAUGGUGAAGCAAUCAAAAGAGAAAAUGAACCAAUCCUCUCUCUGCUUUGCCAGCCAGCUAGGCAAGCUGCUGGUUUCCAUGGGGCCUGAAGGCAGUUUUAUGAUAGAAAAAUGCAGACUGGACCAAGUAGAGCUUUUUAGUACCUCGCUGAAAGAGGCAUUGAUGCGCGGAGCAGAUGAAUUCAUUGAGAGCCAGCUCUCUGCAGCAAUAUCAUCAGUGGAACACCUUGAGUCACAUGUCCAGACUGUAGCUUCAGAAAAGAUGACAGAAGAUGCCAAGAAAGGACUUGGUUGCUUUACUUCCUCUCUGACACAGUUAAUGGACAGGACUAAAGCAUUUUGGGAGCAAAUUUUAUCUUUAAAAAAAGAAAAAACAGAAGAGAUUUCAGAUAAUUUUUUAAAAGAGAACAUCACGUUGUAUAAAGCAUUAAAUUCAGAGCUGACUGGGCUACUGAAAGCUGGGGAAAAUAUCAACCAUCUGCCUCUGGAAUAUUUCACAGCAGAUGACCCCAGCUCCCAAAUGCUGAAGCAAUUUAUUGAGUCAGUUCCUAAAGCAGCCGAAACACUCUCCAAGACCCUUCGCUGUAUAUGGACAGCCGUGUGUGCUGAAUCCCAGGACCAGAGCGCAAUAAUGUACAGGGAGGCUGACGCCGCUGUGAGGGAGCUGCAUUCUUCUGCGGGAGAGUUACUCAAGCUGCUGGACAGGGACAGGCAGAGGGCUAUUGAUUGUCAUGACUCUGGGAGCUGCUCAUAAACACACACGGUUACCCUGCAUGCAUCUGUGGGGGAGGAGUUGGGGACCCAGUUCACCUCACUGUGGCUAAAUUGAAUUAUCAGACAUUAACCAAGGAGGGACGGACCCCAGAGAGCAGGAAGAGUAUCUCUUGAGUGCGUCAACUGCAGACUGAAUACUUUCAGUAUUUUAUUGUUUCUGAAUCCUGCACAAAAAGAGCACAGUAGAUGCAGAAAGUGUUACUUUUCAAAGGUACACAAGCGCUAUCUUAGACAGUCAGUUCUUGUAUUUGAACCAGUUAACAUCCAUACGUAAUUGUAAGACAGUCAUUUGGACAGCCCUGGUGCACCGACACCUUCUUCCAUGUAGUCGCUGGUAUACCUUUUUUACUCAAAAUAAUAAGCAUCACGUAUUAUGACAGUUGUAAUUAAAUAAUAGAUACUGAUCAGUGAAACUUCAGUUUAAGUAAACUGUCAUAAAAUAAAUGUUAUGGCAAAUCUCAUUUUAAAACUUUACAGACCUGAAGGAUCUGUGGAUUUCGUUUUGUUGUUGCACCUACACCUGAGACUGUGCUUGUUGCUUGUCUUUACCAUGUCAGUUGACAGGUUGUUUGGAAGAAUACUGGCAGACGGAUCUUUUUUUAUUUAACUGGUUCAUAUUUCCAUUCGUUUUGAUUUGAUAUUUAUUCAAGUUAACUGUUUUAUUUUUCUGUUUUUAGUUUUGAAUAGUUUUUUUGCAAAUGAGUUGCAUCACGGUGCAUCCAGGUUUUCAAAGGGUUUAAAGGGGAUGGUGUUGGUCUUGUUUAUUGUACAGAGGUGUGAUAUGCAGGUGGUGGCCUCCUUGAUAUCGAACACUGGAAGUGACUUUACAGUGUGGUCAGUACCAGCACAUUGGGACUGCUAGGCCUUCACUGGGAGGCA